AUGGUCCAGCCCGGUGCGAUAUAUGAUAACGGCCCUUUAAGGACAAAUCGAACUACUCAUCUUAAGCCCAUAGCCACCCUUCGUCAGUCCAUCCCAGAUCCUCUUCAGAUGUGCCAUUUCGUGAGACAAGCGCUGGUCGAGUGCAAAGAGCACUCGACAAUAAGCUCGAGCAAGAUACACAGAAAUAGCCAAGCCAGCUACAUGCCCAUUUUCCCACCUUUUUGCACACCAACAACGAUUAUAAAAAGACAAAAGUACUACCUAGAAUGCCUGCUGAAGAAGCUUUCUUUAAAAAGCCUACGGUUUACCAACCCUAGUUUGAAAUCUAGGUCAAGGAUGUAUAGAAAGGGUUUGAGAAUGACAGAAAUUCCUGAAGGAUUUAAGGCUCCUCGUCCUUUUCGUCCUCCCGGACAAACCGCAGUGACAGCAACCGCGAUGGCCGCUCGUCUGCUGAACCCAAAAGUGGAAGUUGAGAAAAAGCAGUUCAAGAGAGAUUCGCAGCUUGAGGCGAUCCAGCAAACUCGGCACGAUGCUUUGGUUAAAUGGUAUUUUAUAUUAGCCGCUGGUCCCACGCCUUAG